AUGGAGCAUUCGCACUCUCACUCGCACACGCACUCGCAUUCCCACAGCCACAGUCACAGCCACGAGCUCGGGCCCGAGCACGCGAUCGACGGCGACGAGGUGAUUCGCCGCUUCACGCAGAGCCGAGGGCGCGCGCCCACGGCCGACGAGGAGAAGCAGCUGCGGGAGCACGGCCACACGCACGAGCACAUGGAGCACGCCGGCGAGUUCCACGAGCGCGACGCGGCCAGGACGGGCCGCGACUGGGCGCAGCGGGCCUUCACCGUGGGAAUCGGCGGGCCCGUGGGCAGCGGCAAGACGGCGCUCAUGCUGGCGCUGUGCCGCGCGCUCAAGGACAAGUUCAGCCUGGCCGCCGUGACCAACGACAUCUUCACGCGCGAGGACGGCGAGUUCCUCGUGCGCCACGACGCGCUGCCGGAGGAGCGCAUCCGGGCCAUUGAGACGGGCGGCUGCCCGCACGCGGCCAUCCGCGAGGACAUCUCGGCCAACCUGCAGGCCUGCGAGGACCUGACGGACGAGUUCGACACGCAACUGCUGCUGGUGGAGUCAGGCGGAGACAACCUGGCCGCCAACUUCAGCCGCGAGCUGGCCGACUACAUCAUCUACGUCAUUGACGUGGCCGGAGGCGACAAGGUGCCUCGCAAGGGCGGUCCGGGCAUCACGCAGGCCGACCUGCUGGUCAUCAACAAGAUCGACCUGGCCCCGCACGUCGGCGCGGACCUGGACGUCAUGGACCGCGACGCGAAGCUCAUGCGCGGCGAGGGCCCCACGGUCUUCACGCAGAUCAACCAGGGCAAGGGCGUCGAGGAGAUCAUCGAGCAUGCGCACGUGGAGGCGCAAGUCAAGCACCUGACGGCCGUCACCGGCGUCGUCUGCGAGCUCCAGGCCGUCGAGAAGCAGUACGCAGACGACUACGCCGCCCUCCCGCUCGACUUGCCCGCUGCCACCCAGUUGACUCUCGAAGGACUCCCACAACUGCAGCAGGUUAGCGACGGCUUCAGCCAAUUCGUGCGCAAUAGCUCAGCUAUCAAGGCCGCCGUCGCCGUCGACCUGUCCAAGAAAGUGAUUGCACCGCUGGAAGCGUUCACAGCGGAGCACGUGGAGAAGACCCAGCACCUGCUCUCGGAGCUCUAUGAGCUCCUGCAGAAAGAGAAGGCGUUCGACGUCGCGUACCAGAAUUUGCUGGAGACUUGUGAGAGAGAUCACAACGCUGGACCAGCAGUGGACGGAUCAGCUAAUGGUGAGUUCGUUGAAGCGGAGGCGCUGCUACACAGGGUGCACAUGGAGCAGCUUCUUCGGAAGCGAGAUGCCGAGCGCCUCGCCAUCCAGCAGUGGAUCACAGCGCUGCACUUUGCUGGCCAACGCUAUGAAGCACACGUUCGGAAUGUGCUGCAGCUGAUCAUCGCUGUAUACGACCGCAUGGUCGCCGCCAUGACGAAGCUUGCUGGCGACUAUCAAGAGCUUGGCCGCGAUCCCAACGAGGCCACCACGGUUUUGAAGCUCAACAGCGACAACAACUGCAGCGCCGUCUCCGAGGAUAGUUGGGAGAGAUUUUUGGCAGCGUACGAGUGCCACGUGACGAUCACGAGCUGGAUGAGCGAGCUCUUC